AUGCAUCUAUUGAUGAACCUGUCAGAGUUUAACCAGUCUGAUCGCUGUGAGCAUUUCUCCUGUCCAGAGAGAUCUGUAUCUCCUGCAGUUUAUAUCUUAUUAUAUGUGUGUUCAGCUGCUGUGGUUCUGCUAACAGUUUGUGGAAAUCUGCUCGUCAUCAUCUCUGUUUUUCACUUCAAGCAGCUUCACACACCGACUAACAUGCUCGUGCUCUCUCUGGCGGUGUCGGAUUUCCUCAUUGGGGCGUUGGUGAUGCCACCGAUGUUAAUCUGGACCACUGAGUCAUGCUGGAUUUUUAAAAAGUGUUACUGCAUAAUUUUUUUUGUAACUGCUUAUAUUCUCACAAGCCUGUCUAUAUAUCAUAUUGCUCUGAUCGCUGUGGAUCGGUAUUUGGCUCUCUCAAACCCAUUUCUCUACACAAACACAAUCUCUACCAGGACUAUGAGCAUUGUGGUUUCCUCCAACUGGUGUGCUUCUUUGGUUUAUAACGCAGCACUCUGUUAUUUUAAUGGAAGCGGCACAAGUUCUGUAAUGUGUCCUGGAGAGUGUUAUCUUUUUCUAAAUGUGGUUUGGUCUGUAGUUGAUCUUGUAAUAACCUUUAUUUUCCCAUGUUCUGUCAUAAUCAUAUUUUACACUCUGGUGUUUGUAAUUGCUAAGAAACAUGCCACUGCGAUCAGAGAGCUUAAUAAUCACACACGGCCCAAAACACAGAAAAUCAGCUCACACUCAAUGAAGUCUGAGAGAAAAGCAGCUAAAGUCCUCGGCAUUUUGGUUUCUGUGUUUCUGGUGUGUUUACUUCCAUAUUUUAUUUAUAGUUUAUUAGGUGAUCUUAUUGAGCUACAGACAGAAACAUUUCUUAAAGUCUUUAUUGUGUUAUAUCUUAAUUCCACCAUUAAUCCAGUUAUUUAUGCUCUGUUUUAUCCAUGGUUUAGAAAGUGCAUUAAAUUAAUUAUAACUCUGCAAAUAUUCCAAACGGACUCUGCAUUAAUCAGUGUACUUUUAUGA